UAUUAUUUCGCCUCCGUGCACACCAUGGAUAUCGUAAAGGAGGUGCUGGAGAAGCAGCAGCAGACACUGCAAAAGUACAAACCGAUCACGGUGGAAAAACCCUUGGAACCGUCGAUCGAUGUGGGCCACAUGAUGGUGAGCGACCCGAACUACUUCGACGAUGAACAGAUGAAAGCGGACCGUGAAAAGUAUGUGCUUGAUUUGACCCGUGAUAAUGUGCAGCUACUGAUAAACAGCAUCUGGCAGCUGCCGACCGAGCGUGUCGAGGAAUCGAUCGUUGCUAAGCUACCAGAAGCGAAAGCUCCCUUGCCGCGUGCACGCAAACUACCCGUCCCGAAGCCGCUUACCAAGUGGGAAGAGUUUGCCAAGAAGAAGGGCAUCAAAAAGCGAACGCGCGAGAAGAAGGUUUACGAUCCGGUGCUGGACAAAUGGGUACCGACGUACGGCUACCAGCGAUACAAGGCGGAAAAGGAGAAGGAUUGGGUGUUGGAGGUACCACAGAGCGAUCCGUACCGGGACAUGUUCAAGGAGAAGCGCGAUCUGCGUAUCGAGCGGGUGGCUAAGAAUGAGGUAGCCCGUAUGAAGAACAUUGCCCGGGCGAAGAAAAUCGCUACCCCUCGGACGGGUUUUGUGGGACCAGAGUCAGCAUCCGCUAAGCAGCUCAUCACUGCGUCCAAUAUUGCGAAAGCAUCGACAGCAUCGGUGGGAGUGUUCCAGGAAUCUCUACCGAACGAUAAACAGGCUCGCGGUAUCGGUGUCAAGGAACUGAUGCCGGGCGAAAAGCGUAAGAAGAAGACGUCCUCACUUGCCGGUGAAAAACGGCGCAACAUGGAAAUAGUGACGAAAGUGUUGAACAAGAAGCCUAAGAUCGAUGUCGAUCGAGCGAUUUCGCUACAGAAGGCAGAAGCACGUGCAGAACGCGAAGAGGAUGACGGUGUUAACGAAGGCACCAGAAAGAAAGCUGGAAAGGGUGGCAAAAAGGCGAAAGCAUUCAGCCGAAAAAAGCCAAAGGGUGGUCAAGGAAAGAGAAACCAUAGCAAGCGUGCGGUCGGUCGGAAACGCCGUUAAACCGGUUGGCGUUUA